AUGUAUGUCUGCAAAACAUUAUACCAUAGCUCGAUCUUCACAAGAUCUAGUUUAUGUCCGUUAUAUGAACCUAUUGCUCCCUCAUCGUUCCACAGAGACGAUUCCAAGGUCCUUUCUAUUUUGUUUGACAACAAAUAUAGAAAGCAGUCGAUUGAAAGAUUAUCUGGGGCCAUCCAAAUUGAUACUCAGAUCUCCGAUCAUUUGCCAGAUGUCCCAGAUUCUCCAGAGACUUGGGAGAAAUUUAAGAACUUCCACCAAUAUUUAGAAGAAAAAUUCCCCUUGGUUUAUGAAAACUUGGAAGUUGAACGCGUUAACACUUAUGGUUUAAUUUUCCACUGGAAAGGGUUAUCACCAAAGUUGAAACCGGUGUUGUUGAUGGCUCAUCAAGAUACUGUUCCUGUACAGAAGGAUACGAUCGCUGAUUGGAGUUAUCCUCCGUUAUCUGGUCAUUAUGAUGGCCAAUAUAUUUAUGGAAGAGGCGCUGCUGAUUGUAAGAAUGUGUUGAUUGCCAUAUUGGAGACUUUAGAGUUGUUGAUUUCUCAAGAUUAUCAACCACGCAGAUCUAUAAUUGCCGCAUUUGGGUUUGAUGAAGAGUCUUCAGGAUAUCUCAGUGCUGGUAAGAUUGCCAAACGGUUGGAGAAAAAAUUCGGUAAGGAUUCCAUGUAUGCUAUUAUUGAUGAAGGAAAUGGGUUAACAGUUGACAGUUUAACCAAUACAAUUGUGGCUAUCCCAGGUACUGGUGAGAAGGGGUAUGUUGACAUUUCGGUCGAGUUGACUACGCCAGGAGGGCACUCCUCAAUUCCACCAGAUCAUACUUCUAUUGGUAUUGUAGCCGAAUUAGCUUAUUUGAUUGAGAAGGAUCCAUAUAAACCCGUGUUGACUAAUAAAAACCCUACCUUGGGUUACUAUCAAUGUUUGGCUUCUCAUGAUUCAAAGAAAAAGAUCGACUUUAAGUUUAAGAAAACAAUCUUGAAAGCUGGAUCGAGCCGUCGUGCAAAUAACAAGUUAAUCAAGUACAUCACCAGAAACAAGUUAACUAGGUAUUUAAUUGGAACUUCUCAAGCUUUGGAUAUUAUUAGAGGUGGAGAAAAGAAUAAUGCCUUGCCUGAAGUCACCAAGUUAUUAGUUAACCACAGAGUUGCAAUUGAAUCCAACAUUGAUGAAAUUAAAGAACACUUUGUCAAACGUGUUAUUAAACUUGCCAAGAAACACAAGCUUUCCGUCAAGGCAUUUGGUAAGCGUGUGUAUGGCCAAUCCAACAACGAAGCCGGAGAAUUUGUGAUCACUGAAUCUGGUAACUUGCCACCAGCACCUCCAACUCCGUUGAAUGACAAGGUUUGGGCUUAUUUGGCAGGGGUCACAAGGCAUGUAUUUGAAGAUUUAGUAUUCCCUGAGCUUGGAUAUCCUAUUAUUACUAGUCCCGCUAUUAUGACUGGAAACACUGAUACCAGACAUUAUUGGAAUUUAAGCAAGAAUAUUUUCAGAUACUCUCCUUAUUUUGUCAAUAACUUCUUGCAUGAUACCAAUGCACACAGUGUUGAUGAAAAAUUGAACUUUGAUGGUCAUUUACAAUUACAUGCUUUCUUCUAUGAAUACCUCCAGGCUAUUGAUACCAAGGAAGCUAAUAAUUAA